AUGGACGAACGAUCGAUUCUCGAGUUUUAUCGACUCCAAACACUAUAUCCGACCGAAUGGCCCCAGGAGAAUAACAGCGACGCCUCCGACAGCGAAGAUGAGGCCAAGAAAAAGCUGCAGCGGAGGAAAUCCCGAUACCAAGCGCUCGAGAGGACGACGACCCGCAGGAGCAUGAUUGGCGCGGAUUCAUCGGGCAAGGGAGGGGAGGCGGCGCCCUUGUUCAAAAGGACGAGCCGGACCAUGCACGCGAAUGCCGACAGCCAGAUGCUCCUCGACGGUCUCAACGUGCUCACGAGAUCGAUUGAUGAGAAAUCAGCAUCGCUUAAGGAGCUUGUUGAGACCAACUUCGAGCGUUUCGUCAAGGCCAAGGCCACGAUCGACAAUGUCUACAAGGAAAUGAACUUUCGCGCCAGCGGCGUGAACAACCCGCUGGCCUCUCCAGUCCACGAUCCCCGCAAAAAGAAUGCACUGAUCAAGGAGAGCGAGUACGGGGUCCUAGGUAUCAAGGCCCCGCUUCUCGACGUCACCGCAAAGGCAGAAGACGUGUGGGGCCCAGCGUUGGGAGGGCGCGAAAGGGAAGAGCACUUGAAGACGAUCUCUGCCAACAUAGCCAAGUUUAAAGAAUACACCGAGUUGAGCUCCUCUAUCGCGGAAAGCAUCAAGGGCAAGGAUUACGAUAACCUCGUGGAGGAGUACAACAAGGCGAGGAAGAUAGCAGACGAGGCAAAGGCGCUCGCCAAGAGGCUGGGGAGCACGCCUCCGACCGAUCCCGAGCUGUACCAGCUCAUUCUUGCCUGCCGAAUGUGGCACGACGUGGACGAACAGAUCCAGACGUUCAAACGCGAUGUAUGGAGGAGCCUUACCUCGGUCCAAACCGUGGCGCGAUCGGACAACAUGCCUGGCCACCCCGAGGAUCGCCACAUGGAGCUCAUCUCUCUUCUGCUGGAGCUCGGCGUGGACGACAACCCCAUUUGGCUAUGGCUCCUUAGCCGCUACGACUUUCUCAAGGGGAAGAUUCAAGCGACGGCCGACCGAGCCAAGGUCGAAAUCGAGAUCCUCCGUCGCCGCCUUGCCAGCGCCGAAAAGCCUAGCCCUCAAAUCAUUGCAUCCUAUCUACGCGCUGGCCGCCAGCCCGCUCACAGCAGAGGAAGCAACCUUGAUUCGGGCGACAUAAUCGAGCUUUGGGAGAAGAUGCUCACUUUUGUGAGCACUAUGCUGUCCAGGCAAGGGCUCUUGGGCGAGAUCAUUGAUUUCUGGCAAACCGUAAGGGAUUUUGUUAGCGGUACCACGCAGCAAUCACUCCCGGUAGGGUACAAUGGCGAGUCAAAGCAGUUUCAUCGCCUGUCUUCGGAGGGCACCAUAUCACUAGAAAAGGCGGUUGUUGAGCUUGUUGAUAUCACACCGGCAGGACCGGCCACUCCCCUUUCGCCCAACGGCCCGCGCGACCCACGGUUCAACCUAGACCCGAAUAACCUACCGCCCCCUUCACCGAAGCGGGGCGAGGCUUGGGAAAAGUUUGCCUUUUGGCCCCCGUGGUCCAACUCGCUCAGCGGUGUGCACUACCUCUCCAAAAUGCUGGCCCUCAUCGGCGCGGGGGCUGCGGAGCUAGCCGCCAUCAAGGCUCUCGGGAAUGCGGACGGUGCGGCCGUGGAAAGGUUGAAGGCCUUGGUCGGCAUCGCCAGGGAACGGUCCGUCACCGCUCUUUGCGCCGCAUGGAACAAGGACGCGGAGAAUAUCAAGUUUGUUGAGGACUGGCAGAGGGGUGAGGCUGGAGAUGUCACUCGCAUGCCCUCCAGCUUCGCCGCCUUUGAGGGUUCCCUCCUCGCUGGCAUGCAAAAGAUCCUCUACAUCUCCGAGGCCAUGUCCAAACCCGGGGCGGAGUACAUCGUUCUUCCACCCCAGGCGAAGCUUCUGCAGAUGGUGCGCAGUCAGUACGUCACUACGCUCUACAAAGCGCUUAGCGGCAUGGUUGAGAAUGCGGAGAGGUCCCUAAAGCAGGCGGACGACGAGUGGACGACCGAUAUUGACGGUACCCUCGCAACAUCAGCCUUGAUGGCUUCAGUCGCGAGCAAGGGUACGCUAGAUGCUAGUGACAGAAAUGUCCGGAUGCUCCUGACUUUAAGCAACCUCCAAGCCGUUAGGGCCUCUGUGGUGCCCGCGCUGAAUGCGCAGUUUGAAAACGCCUUCUCGGUCAAGCUCACGGACGAGUCCAAGACGAUCCGCGACGUGCUCGGCCAGAUUGACGCGCGGCUCUUCCAAACGUACACGCGGCCGGCCGUCGACAACCUCAAGAGCAUCAUCAAAGAGGGCAUCGCCGAUUCCGACUGGAGCCCAGCACCAGGGGUCCGGCCCACCGAGGCAAAGCCCUACGUGUACGAGGUCCUUCUCAGCCUCGUCCUCAUCCACUCGCAGGUUUCCACAACGGCGCCCUCGCUCACCACGCAGGUUCUGUCGUUCCUCCUCGAGCAGAUCAGCCGCGAGCUCCUGGAGACGUAUCGGCUGCGGCCCAAGUACACGCUUCAAGCCCUCAUGCAGGCGACGCUCGACGUCGAGUUCAUCGCCCAGACCCUCAGCCAGUACACGACCGACCGUGCAUCCGAACUACAGGGCCAGAUUUACCAGGAGCUGGACGGCCGGACGGACGACACUACGCGGGCCAAGUUGCAAUCGGAGCUUCCUGAGAUGCGUAGCGUGCUCAAGAAGCUGCGGGAAGCCAGCAAGAUGGAGUUUGCAUGCUUCAGGAAGCCCAAGAGGCCGCAGCAAGGAGAUCGAAGGGACACGGCGGCCAGUGGGUAG